AUGUCGCCCCCAAGCCACCGCUACCGCGACAUUGAGAGGACAGCAGAGUACCUCCAGCCAGAGAAGUGCAUCCCACCACCUGUGGAUAACUCCAUGGCUAAAGUGUGGUUUAUCAAGGAUGGCUGCGGCAUUGCAUGUGCCGUGGUGACCUGGCUACUGGUUUUCUAUGCUGAGUUUGUUGUGAUUUUCGUUAUGCUGCUUCCAUCCAAGGACGCUGUUUAUAGCGUAAUUAAUGGGAUCAUCUUUAAUAUUUUGGCAUUCCUGGCACUGGCAUCACACAUCUGCGGGCUAUGAUUACCGAUCCUGGUGCUGUACCCAAAGGAAAUGCCACAAAGGAAUUUUCAUUGAAAGCUUGCAGUUGAAACCAGGGCAGGUGGUUUACAAGUGUCCGAAAUGUUGUAGCAUCAAGCCGGACAGGGCUCAUCACUGCAGUGUUUGCAAGAGAUGCAUUAGAAAAAUGGAUCACCAUUGUCCUUGGGUCAACAACUGUGUGGGAGAAAACAACCAGAAAUUUUUUGUCUUGUUUACUAUGUAUAUAGCUCUGAUCUCCUUGCAUGCCCUAGUUAUGGUAGGGUUUCAUUUCCUGUAUUGCUUUGAAGAAGACUGGACAAAGUGCAGCUCAUUUUCGCCACCUACCACAGUCAUCCUACUUAUUCUACUUUGUUUUGAGGGUCUACUUUUCCUCAUAUUCACUGCUGUUAUGUUUGGGACACAGGUACAUUCCAUAUGUACUGAUGAAACGGGAAUAGAACAGUUGAAAAAGGAAGAGAGAAGAUGGGCUAAAAAAACAAAAUGGAUGAAUCUGAAAGCAGUAUUUGGCCAUCCGUUCUCUAUAGCAUGGCUUAACCCCCUCGCCACUCCAGACCAGGGAAAAGCAGACCCUUAUCAAUAUGUGGUCUGA